AUGAUCAGGGUUCGUCACGGAAUUCGCAACGGACCAAGCGCCACAGGUUUUCUGUUUGCCGACAGUGGAUACGACGUGUGGGCGAUGAGUAACAGGGAGUCAAGUCACAUAUCGAACAGCACGAGGUAUUCGCAGCGAGAUCCCAGGCACUGGAAAUGGAGCUUCGAUGAAUUAGGACGCUAUGACCUUGCGGCCUGCAUUGACCACGUUCUCAAAGUUACGGGAGCCCCCAAGCUGACCACGGUCGCACUGUCUCAAGGAGUAAUAGCCAACCUCGUGCUGCACUCUGUACGGCCAGAGUACAACAAUAAGGUAGACCUUCUCGUGGCUUACGGCCCUGUCGGAAAUCUCACCCAUAUCGAGUCUCCGACUUCGGUACUAAUACCGCAUGUCCCAUCCCUCAUGAACUUACACAGUCUUCAGGACAUUAAGCUACUGUUACAAUAA